AUGAGCUACUACAACAGCUACUAUGGAGGCCUGGGCUAUGGCUAUAGAGGCUUUAGGGGCCUAGGCUAUGGCUAUGGCUGUGGAUGUGGAAGUUUCCGCCGACUGGGCUAUGGCUGUGGCAUUGGUGGCUGUGGAUAUGGCUCUGGCUAUGGAGGCUAUGGAUAUGGUUCUGGCUAUGGAAGCUAUGGAUAUGGCUACAGUCACCCCCUUUCCUAUGGAGGAUAUGGAUUCUCCACCUUCUAUUGA